GCAAAAUAAAGUUGGAGUUUGUAAAAAAUAGUUUGGAAUUUUUUGUUUUAUUUACAUCUUAUGGUAGUAUAAUUGAAGAAAGAUGGAUGUAGGGGAGUUAAUAUCUUUCCAGGUAAGUAGCACGUGCAUAUGAUUCAGUGAUCGGAAUCAGGGGAUUUAUUUUAUGGACGUGUGAAAGUUCACCUGUCAGGCGAGUGUUCACGUGUUCUUGUUGUGAAGUUCUUAAAAGAAAUCCUAGUUUUAGGAGGGUAUUAAACACUGAAUACACAUCCCAUGGUCAAAUAAUUAAGGCUAGAAGGAAAAAGGAAAAAGCACGGGAAUUCCUUGAAAAACAAGAGAUCUAGAGAUCGACUAACUACUACAUAGAGUCGUUUAAUUAACUUGAUGCCUGAGAUAUUUCCAACACCAACUGUUUUAUACGUUGUAGCAUUAAAGUGAUGUUUUUUAUACUGUAUAAUGAAUUAAAGCUUGCUGCCUGUCUGUCUGCCUGUCUGUUUGUCUUGUCUGUCUGUCUGUCUGUUUGCCUAUUUGUCUGUCUGUCUGUCUGCCUGUUCUGUUGUGUUCUCAUUUAUUUACAGCCUGAUAAAGGGACAAAAAGAAAGAAAGGGGAUGAAGAAGACGAACAGAUCUCUUGGAAAAAAAAGAUUUCUGAAGUAGAAGCACAGUUUAUGGCAAAGGGAACAGAGCUGACAGAUGAGGAGAGAGAAAGGAUACUCGAAAUGGUUGAUAAUGAGCCUGAGGUUGAAACUUUAGAUGUAAGCUCAUUAAAAAGAAUGUUGUUGUCAUUUGAAAAGCGAGUCACCAAGAACCAGGAAAUGAGAAUAAAAUACCCAGACCUCCCUGAAAAAUUCAUGGAGUCAGAGCUGGAUUUAAAUGAUGAGAUUCAAAAGCUUCAUAUCAUAGCAACAGCACCUGAAUUAUAUCACCACAUAGUAGAAUUGAAUGCAGUCAAUACUAUGCUGGGUCUACUGAGUCAUGAAAAUACUGACAUAGCAGUUAAUGUUAUCGAUCUUUUGCAAGAAAUGACAGAUGUUGAUACAUUAAAUGAAAGUGAAGAAGGAGCAACAGCACUAAUUGAUGCCUUGCUUGAAGGUCAAGUGAUAGCCCUGUUGGUUCAGAAUCUAGAAAGACUUGAAGAAACAGUCAAAGAAGAGAGUGAUGGAGUAUACAACUCAUUAAGUAUAAUCGAAAAUAUGACAGAGCUGCGAGACACAAUAUGUCAAAUAGCUGGGGAGCAAGGGCUGAUAGGAUGGAUCAUAAGAAGACUCAAGCAAAAGCCUGCAUUUAAUGCAAACAAGUUGUACAGCAGUGAAAUAUUAUCUAUAUUAUUACAAAACACAGAAGAGAACAGACAGUUAUUGGGAGAAUCAAAUGGAAUUGAUACUUUGCUACAGAGUUUAUCAUUGUACAAACGUUAUGAUCCAACUGCCUCUGAUGAACUAGAGUACAUGGAAAACCUCUUUAACUGCUUGUGUUCAGCAUUAAUGUACAACCCAAAUAAAGACCUGUUCUUGAAAGGAGAAGGACUUCAGUUGAUGAUACUUAUGCUAAGAGAAAAGAAGAUGUCUAGAAGAAGUGCUUUGAAAGUUCUGGAUUAUGCAAUGCAAGGCCUGGAAGGAAUAGAAAACUGCCAGAAGUUUAUUGAGUUUUUGGGACUCAGAUGUCUGUUUCCUCUCUUUAUGAAGCCUCCCAAAUCCAACAAAAAGACAGGAGUAUCAGAAGAACAGUUUGAAGAGCACACUUUAUCUAUUCUAGCAUCCUUAUUCAGGAAUCUUUCGGGGAAUUUAAGAAAUCGUCUGGUGCAGAAAUUUGUAGAAGGCGAUCACAUCAAGAUAGACAGACUGAUGGAACUUCAUUUCAAAUAUUAUAAAAAAGUACAUGACUGUGAUGAGAAGAUAGAAAGAGAAAAAGAGAAACUCGUUGAGGAGGGCGAAGAAAUAGAUGAGGAAACAGAAGACAUGUUUUACCUCAAGAGACUGGAUGCUGGUCUCUUUACACUGCAGCUGAUUGACUGCGUCAUGUUGGAAGCUUGUUGUUCGGGUGUACCAUCGAUAAAACAACGAGUUCUUGCUCUACUCAACCAACAUGGCGGUUCAAUGAAAGACAUCAAGGCUGUCAUGAGAGAGUAUGCUGCAAGUGUGGGAGACGCCAGAAGCAAAGAAAGCCGGGAAAUAGAAAAGAAACGCCUACUCUCUCUUGUAGAUAGGUUUUAAGUUCUUUAACUUAAAUAACCAUCAACGUAGAACGUAGAACUUAGACUAGGCGAUCAUCUAAAAGAGCUGACCUCUUUUGAUGUCGUCUACUAGACUAGGAGCCAGUGAAUUUAUAACGCACUUUCAGUAUAAAACUUAACUAGAAAGGUGUAAAAGACCUAUUUAACUUGGGCGUAAUGUUUCCCCAUUUCAGACCACGUGUCAUUUUCUUGUUUUGAUAAUAUUAUUCUUAUUAAGCUUCUUUGUUUAAGUUGCAUCCAUAUUGCAGUUUUCAUAUGACUGUGAAAAAGUCGGUGCCGUAUGCGUGCCUUGCCGCGACCGUGAUGUUUUCUAUACUUUUGAUUGGGGGAUUUUUCGUCGCGCAAUGUGAUUGGUCGGACAGUGCCGUGACAUUGGCGUGACCGUGUCCGCGUCGUGUUCCGAGCCGUGUUUCGGGCAUUUGAUUGGAUGGAAAGUUAAGCUUUUCACACUUAUACUAAAACUGCGCUAUUCAUGGCAAUGACACUAUAGGGAAUGAAACGUGGCUUGAAAUGGAAAAACAUUCCUUCCAAGCUAAAAGGGUCUGUUCCCUUCGUGCAGCUGUACUCUUGUUACAUAGACAGCUUUCAUCCAUGCUAUUUUUGAGUGAAUGAUAAACUAAUAAAGAAGCGCUUACAUCUCA